AUGGUAGACAUCGCAGCCCUAACAACAAUCUUCACGCCGUCGCCAGGGUGCACCGGCCGAUACGCGAUCUUCAUCGAUCACGGCGGCCCCAUUGACGGCACCCGCUCCGAACCUCCCACCAGCGGUUGGAUCGAUCCCUCAUUCACAUCAUGCAUCCCAGCCCAAUACACCAACACUUUCCCCACGUUCAGCCCAGGAGUAUGUCCCGAUCACAUGAGCAUCGCCUCCUAUACAUCCAGCGUUGAUGGCGCCAGCGCCAGAACGGUCUGGACUGGCGCGUGCUGCCAAAGCGGGUUUUCAACCAUGGAGAUCGACCCGCGAUUCUACUGCACGUCGUCCGUGACGACACAGAUGGCUUUUCUUCUCGAUCCCAACAUCUCGACUACCGAUAUCUACACCACUUUGUCGAAUCUCUGGAUCGAGCAUGACCAGGUCACAGUAGAGUGGGAACAGGCCGAUCUUGCGAUUUUGCCCGGCACCGUUGCCACCCAGUACGCCUCGAUCAUGGGAAUUGGGCCGCCGAUGUCGCAGCCUGAAUCAACAGCACCAACUUCGAGUUCGCUUGAAGCAAGUGCUCUGCCUAGCACGCAGCAACCACCGGUCACUUCGCUGGCAGGGUCGAGUACCACAAGCGCUACGUCGCUUCAAACAACUGCAGCGCCUAGGACUACGCAAGAUACUUUGGUUUCCAGUGCGCCCGGUGCAGGUACCGUUGGAAGCUCUGACUGGACGGUCGAGAUAUCUUCAACGGAAUCGCCCACACUAACUCAAUCAUUAGCUCAAGCUUCUCAGUCAACUUCUAAGUCCCCUGCACGCAGUUUACUGCCCUUAGGUUGGAUGAGAUGGAUGGCAUGUGCAAUAAUCCUGGCAUUCAAUGCUUAG